GCUUAGCUAUACCCGUCUCGUCUCGUCUCGUCUCGUCUCUUCAGCUUUGCGUGGCCCUCUCAGAAGCUCUCUCUGCAAAACUUCCAAACCCUCUGGUUUCAAUUCAUCUCCUGAGCUCUUGAUUUUACCUCCAAGAAAGAAAAUUGUUGAUAUUUUGGUUCGAGCUGUAAUUGAAUAAUACAAUCAUGGCUCAAGCAGUGGAGGAAUGGUACAAGCAGAUGCCUAUCAUCACCCGCUCCUAUCUCACGGCCGCUGUUGUCACCAAUAUCGGUUGCUCCCUCGAUAUAAUCUCUCCUCAUAAUCUAUACUUGAACCCUAUACUAGUUGUCAAGCAGUAUCAAUUCUGGCGCCUCGUCACUAAUUUCCUGUACUUCCGGAAAAUGGACUUGGACUUUAUGUUCCACAUGUUCUUUCUUGCUCGGUACUGCAAGCUUCUUGAAGAGAACUCUUUUAGGGGAAGGACUGCUGAUUUCUUUUACAUGCUCUUAUUUGGCGCCACUAUGUUGACUGGGAUAGUUCUGAUUGGAGGGAUGAUACCGUAUUUGUCAGAGUCAUUUGCGAAGAUUAUAUUCCUCAGCAACUCUCUAACAUUCAUGAUGGUCUAUGUGUGGAGCAAGCAAAAUCCUUUCAUCCAUAUGAGUUUCUUGGGCCUCUUCACUUUCACAGCAGCUUACCUACCGUGGGUUCUUCUAACGUUCUCCGUCAUUGUUGGGGCUAGUGCUUGGGUGGAUCUUUUGGGAAUGAUUGCUGGUCAUGCCUAUUACUUUCUGGAAGAUGUUUACCCACGAAUGACAGGUCGCCGGCCCUUGAGAACCCCUUCUUUUAUCAAGGCACUAUUCGCAGAUGAUCCUGUUGUGGUGGCACGGCCAGAAAAUGUGAGAUUUGCACCUCCACCUGUUGAGGAACUUCACCAAGAUUAAUUUAGACCUUCAGGAAAGCCAGGUUGAUGGGGGCUUAGCUUUCAGGAUAUUGAUCUGGCAUUUAGGCAAGGCUUUGGCAUGUAGAAUGGCUUUUUGGCUCUGUAAUAUAUAGACAUCUACACAGAUAUACUAAUUGUUUAUUUGUGAAUUUUUUAUAACGCAAA